AUGGCAAAUUUAAUUAAAAAUGAAAACAUGGAUAUGGAAGAAACAUUCCAUAUGGAGUCUGAGGAAAUGGAUGAUCAAAGGAUUGAGGAGCCUGAAGUACUGGAGGUUGCAAGAAAUACAAUCUUGCAUAGAGCGCAACAAAGAUUAUAUAUGGAGUCUAAAGAAAAAGACGAGCAACCUGAGGAGUGCACAGAUGUAGAGCUCGAUAGAGCAUGUAAGAAUUAUGAGGAAGAACAACAACAACAAAUCAGUCAUAUGGAGUCUGAAGAAAUAGUCGAGCAACCUGAGGAGUAUACAGAUACACAGCUCGAUAGAGCAUGUACGAAUUAUGAGGAAGAACAACAACAAAUCAGACAUAUGGAGUCUGAAGAAAUAGUCGAGCAACCUGAGGAGUAUACAGAUACACAGCUCGAUAGAGCAUGUACGAAUUAUGAGGAAGAACAACAACAAAUCAGGCAUAUGGAGUCUGAAGAAAUAGUCGAGCAACCUGAGGAGUAUACAUAUACACAGCUCGAUAGAGCAUGUACGAAUUAUGAGGAAGAACAACAACAAAUCAGACAUAUGGAGUCAGAAGAAAUAGUCGAGCAACCUGAGGAGUAUACAGAUACACAGCUCGAUAGAGCAUGUACGAAUUAUGAGGAAGAACAACAACAAAUCAGACAUAUGGAGCCUGAAUUAAGAGAGGGGCAAAUUUGA